CUCUUGUUUAGCCAACAGAAUACAGAUUUUUGUAUUGGAGUGAAUCACAGAGGCUUGAGAGGCUGAUCAUCAUCAUGAAGUGUGUAACUGAGGUCUGGAUGCGAGGGUUUGGGCUGCUAUUCUUUGUCCAAACAGUACUUUCUAUGGUUAUCCCUAACUCUACUCACCUGGAGGCGAUACUGGAGAACUAUAUGAACAAAGAUGACGAGUGGUGGGUGUCCAAACAGCGAGGGAAGAGAGCCAUCACUGAGGGUGAUAUGCACCUCAUACUCGAUUUGCACAACAAGCUGAGAGGUCAAGUUUAUCCUCAAGCUUCAAAUAUGGAGUAUAUGGUAAGCUAAACCAGGACCUACUGUGUCUGCAUCACACAUUUUUGUUAUAUUUAGGUCAUUCUAAGAUGAACUGUAGGCAAUUGGAAUAUGACUUGCCCAUACUGGAGAAGGUAGAAGGACAUUGUACAGUACUACAGAUUGAAGCAAGUGUUAGUUACUUAUUUUGCACUGAUACUUCAUCUUAGCUAAUGUGUGAUACUUUCUCAAAGACUCAAGACAUCUAGGCUUGAGAAUCUGGAACAUUUUCAAACCCAUUCAACCAUCCAUGGGGUUCAGCAGAGCACAUCUGCAAAGUCAGGGCCAACUCAGAGGUUUCAAACCAAGCUCUGGGAGCACAUAGUGCUCAAAUAGAUCAAAACCUAAAAACAAGCCUGACCGACAGCCAAGCAAUAAAGCCAGUGUGUUACUGCCCCUGCCAAACCUCAAGCUCUGCCCCCUGCCUUGGACACCGGCCAGCUCUCACCUCCACUGUUAUCGUGCACUCUGCCUCAACCAUUUCAACUCACAUCUUCAAAUAUGAGUCUUUAUGUUUGCAUUUCAUUUGGCAACAAAGAUGGAUCUGUAUUGAUUAACAGUUGAGCAUCAUCCUUUGAAGUAUGGUUGUUCAAAUACAGUUUUCCUCGAAGGAUUCCUGGAAGCAAUGUAUAGUACUAUACGCAGAUGGGUGGGGUUAACUGUAAAUGUAAUGUUACACAAAACAUUGCCUUUUAGAGGACAUCAUUUUGAUGUCUUAAUGUAAAUAUCCAACAUCAUUUGGAUAAUUUGGGCGAUUUCCCAUGCAUAAAUGGAGAUUUGUAUCCUGUGUGGAUACACUGUGGUCCUGUGUGGCUCAGAUGGUAAAGCAUGGCGCUUGCACUGCCAGGGUUGUCAGUUCGAUUCCCAGGACCACCCAUAUGUAAAAUGUAUGAACGCAUGACUGUAAGUCGCUUUAGAUAAAAGUGUCUGGUAAAUGGCAUAUACAGUAUUAUAUUGUUGCAGGCCUACAGUAUGUCCAUUGCGCUCAAACAUGUCAAUUGGCCUCAAGCCCAUUGCAUUAACCCUGAGCAGUGCAGAAUGCAGAUAUCACUAAUGUAAUGUUCUACACAUGGAAGACAUUAGGACUGUACAGGGCAGCCGAAUGGCACAUCUUUCUAUUAACCUUGAUGGGUGUUAGUGCAGUUAAACAGCAGAACAACAGCACACUACACCUAUUCUUCUAAUGGACAAUUUUACUACAGCUUGGCUGAAACAUUCCUCAAGUCAUAUCUACGUAGUUCUUUGUCAGAAACAAGUGGUGCACAAAUAGAUUAUAGUUUUUAACUUCAAUUGACCUGUUAAGAUCUGUAUCAUGUAGGUUGUUGCACUUUAGUGCAGACCCACUGGGCACACACUGGUAGAAUCAACGUUGUUUCCACGUUGAACCAACGUAGAAUAGACAUUGAAUUGACGUCUGUGCCCUGUGGACAGUUGAUGCAAGGAGACCAGUAAUACUAAAAAUGUCAUCAAGGCCCCCAAGACUUUCUGUGAAGAAUGUUAGAAUUAGCAUUUACAAUUGUUGUUUAUCAAGAGUUUGGGCUUUCAAGAGUAACACUAAUAUAAGCAGUAUUAAGAGUCUCAGUAGCACUAUCACCAAUCUGAUGUGCAUGCAGAUAUAUGUUUAUCUUAUCAGAAUAACUCUGACUUUGGCAUUUCAAAGGUUUGGGAUACGGAGCUGGAGAGGAGUGCUGAGCACUGGGCACACACCUGCCUGUGGGAGCAUGGACCACAACACAUGCUAACUCAGAUUGGACAAAACCUGGGUGCCCACUGGGGAAGGUCUGUAUAGUAUAAGGAGAGAUGACCAGUUUGAUUAUAUGCAUUAUGUCAUUAUACAGUAAUACUGUAUGUCCAUUUCCUAACAUGUUGCGGGGUCAUAUAACUCAUGAGGCAACCAAUGUGUGAUUAGACUGUACAGAGAAUACUGAUACUGUAUAUUGCCAUGGGUUGUGUCUAGUUUAGGGUUUCCCAAACUCGGUCCCGGGGCUUCCCAUGGGUGCACGUUUUGGUUUUUGCCCCAGCACUACACAGCUGACUCAAAUAAUCAACUCAUCAUCAAUCUUUGAUUAUUUGAAUCAGCUGUGUAGUACUAGGGCAAAAAACAAAAUGUGAAACCCUGGGAGGCCCCAGGACCGAGUUUGGGAAACCAUGGCCUAGUUAGUUAAAUUGUUUAGUUUCCACUUUCCUCAGAGACCGACCACCAACAUUUCACGUCCAGGCCUGGUAUGAUGAAGUGAGAGACUACAGCUAUCCCUAUCCACAGGAGUGUAACCCACACUGCCCCUUGAGAUGUUCUGGUCCUGUCUGCACUCACUACACACAGGUAAGAGUUUCCUAUAACAAUAUCACAACACCUUAUUUAAGGCCAGAGAAGUCUGAGAGGACCACUAACUGAAGGUAGCUACUUUGUUUGUCUUUGCAGAUGGUUUGGGCAACAAGCAGCCAUAUUGGAUGUGCUAUCAAUGUGUGUUACAACAUGAAUGUGUGGGGCAUGAUUUGGACUAAAGCUGUGUACUUGGUUUGCAACUACUCACCGCCGUAAGUUUGAACGUUUUUUUUAAUGGUUCUUAUGUUUGUUUCCCCAAAAAAAUAAUUAAGUUCUGAUUCUUAUUUUCAACUGCUGUAAAUUAUGUAGUGUAUGGGAACUGGGAGGGAUUGGGUCAAAAGGUUCAGCGUGUUUUAUGAUGUCAUUUGUGUGCAGGGGAAACUGGUGGGGGCAUGCCCCAUACAAACAUGGCCGCCCGUGCUCUGCCUGUCCGCCCAGCUACGGUGGAGGCUGUAGGGACAAUCUCUGCUAUACAGGUCGGCUGCUUUCAGAAGAAAGUUGUUCAAAACAAAUUGGUUGCUUUUAUGCAUUUUGUUUUGCAAACAGUAUAUUACAUGUGAUGUGACACUUGUUCUUCUUCAGAGAACGGAGUACAGAGACGUCCUGCCCCUGAACUAGAGGAGACAAACUACAUCGAGCCGCAGCCAGAGCCGAGGGCCCAAGAGCCAAAGUCGGGACAGCAACCCCCAAUACCAUCACCCAAUGACAACAUAGAGAGGAAUGAGGUGGUCAGCACAGUGCAAAUGUGUAAGUAUUUAUCACUAAUUUUACACUGUUUCUAAAACACAAUAUCAAUAUACAGUAGCAUAAAAGUCUAUAUUUGGUAUCAUUGCCAGAAGGUCUAAGUGAAAUUGGUUUUCUUAUUUUCAAAGGUCAACAGAUGGACUGUGAGACAAAGCUGCGUGAUCGUUGUAAAGCAACCACUUGUAAUAGGUAGGUCUAAGUUGUUCCUAAAGUGGAUGUUGUCACUUACCUAGGGUUGCAAGGGGGGUUGUCAAUGUUUUGGUGCGAAACUGGUGGCAGUUGUGAAAAAAGUUUAUAGUUAGGGGUCCCAACAGAUCCACAGAUGACGCCAUCUCUAUUGCACUCACACUGCCCUCACCCGGAUAAAAGGAAUACCUAAACUACCAGUCAAAAGUUUGACUGGUCACACAUUCAAGGGUUUUUCUUUAUUUUUACUAUUUUCUACACUGUAUAAUAAUAGUGAAGACAUCAAAAUAUGAAAUAACACAUAUGGAAUAAUGUAGUACCCAAAAAAGUGUUAAACAAAUCAAAAUAUAUCUUAUAUUUGAGGUUCUUCAAAUAGCCACCCUUUGCCUUGAUGACAGCUUUGCACACUCUCUGCAUUCUCUCAACCAGCUUCAUGAGGUAGUCACCUGGAAUAAAUUUAAAAUAACAGGUGUGUCAUCUUAUAAGUUAAUUUGUGGAAAUGUUUUCCUUCUUAAUGCGUUCGAGCCAAUCAGUUGUGUUGUGACAAGGUAGGGGGGUAUACAGAAGAUAGCCCUAUUUGGUAAAAGACCAAGUCAAUAUUAUGGCAAGAACAGCUCAAAUAAGCAAAGAGAAAUGACAGUCCAUCAUUACUUUAAGACAUGAAGGCCAGUCAAUACGGAACAUUUCAAGAACUUUGAAAGUUUCUUCUAGUGCAGUCGCAAAAACCAUCAAGCGCUAUGAUGAAACUGGCUCUCAUGAGGACCGCCACAGGAAUGGAAGACCCAGAGUUACCUCUGCUGCAGAGGAUAACUUCAUUAGAGUUACCAGCCUCAGAAAUUGCAGCCCAAAGAAAUGCUUCACAGAGUUCAAGUCACAGACACAUCUCAAUAUCAACUGUUCAGAGGGGACUGUGUUAAUCAGGCCUUCAUGGUCGAAUUGAUGCAAAGAAACCACUAUUAAAGGACACCAAUAAUAAGAAGAGACCUGCUUGGGCGAAGAAACACAAGCAAUGGACAUUAGACUGGUGGAAAUGUGUCCUUUGGUCUGGAGUCUAAAUUGGAGAUGUUUGGUUCCAAACGCGGUGUGGGUGAACGGAUGAUCUCCGAAUGUGUAGUUCCCACCGUAAAGCAUGGAGGAGGAGGUGUUAUGGUAUGGGGGUGCUUUGCUGGUGACACUGUCUGUGAUUUAUUUAGAAUUCAAGGCACACUUUACCAGCAUGGCUACCACAGCAUUCUGCAGCGAUAUGCCAUCCCAUCUGGUUUGGGCUUAGUGGGACUAUCAUUUGUUUUUCAACAGGACAAUGACCCAACACACCUCCAGGCUGUGUAAGGGCUAUUUUACCAAGAAGGAGAGUGAUGGAGUGUAGCAUCAGAUGACCUGGCCUCCACAAUCCCCUGACCUCAACCCAAUUGAGAUGGUUUGGGAUGAGUCGGACGACAGAGUGAAGGAAAAGCAGCCAACAAGUGCUCAGCAUAUGUGGGAACUGAAUAAUCUCAAAUAUAAGGCACCCAACCGCAAGGUGCUACAGAGGGUGGUGAGUAUGGCCCAGUACAUCACUGCGGCCGAGCUCACUGCCAUCCAGGACCUCUAUACCAGGCAGUGUCAGAGGAAGGCCCAAAAAAAUGUCAAAGACUCCAGCCACCCAAGCCAUAGAUUGUUCUCUCUGCUACCGCAUGGCAAGUGGUACCAGUGCACCAAGUCUGGAACCAAUAGGACCCUGAACAGCUUCUACCACCAAGCCAUAAGACUGCUAAAUAGCUAGUCAAAUGGCUACCCGCUGCUGCUACUGUCUUAUCUAUCCUGUUGCCUAGUCACUUUAAUCCUACCUAUAUGUACAUAGCUACCUCAAUUACCUCGUACCCCUGCACAUCGACUCAGUACUGUUACUCAGUACCUGUAUAUAGUACCUGUAUAUACAGUGAGGGGAAAAAAGUAUUUGAUCCCCUGCUGAUUUUGUACGUUUGCCCACUGACAAAGACAUGAUCAGUCUAUACUUUUAAUGGUAGGUUUAUUUGAACAGUGAGAGACAGAAUAACAACAACAAAAUCCAGAAAAACGCAUGUCACAAAUUUUAUAAAUUGAUUUGCAUUUUAAUGAGGGAAAUAAGUAUUUGACCCCUCUGCAAAACAUGACUUAGUACUUGGUGGCAAAACCCUUGUUGGCAAUCACAGAGGUCAGAUGUUUCUUGUAGUUGGCCACCAGGUUUGCACACAUCUCAGGAGGGAUUUUGUUCCACUCCUCUUUGCAGAUCUUCUCCAAGUCAUUAAGGUUUCGAGGCUGACGUUUGGCAACUCGAACCUUCAGCUCCCUCCACAGAUUUUCUAUGGGAUUAAGGUCUGGAGACUGGCUAGGCCACUCCAGGACCUUAAUGUGCUUCUUCUUGAGCCACUCCUUUGUUGCCUUGGCCGUGUGUUUUGGGUCAUUGUCAUGCUGGAAUACCCAUCCACGACCCAUUUUCAAUGCCCUGGCUGAGGGAAGGAGUUCUCACCCAAGAUUUGACGGUACAUGGCCCCGUCCAUCGUCCCUUUGAUACGGUGAAGUUGUCCUGUCCCCUUAGCAGAAAAACACCCCCUUAGCAUAAUGUUUCCACCUCCAUGUUUGACGGUGGGGAUGGUGUUCUUGGGGUCUUAGGCAGCAUUCCUCCUGCUCCAAACACGUGAGUUGAGUUGAUGCCAAAGAGCUCGAUUUUUGUCUCAUCUGACCACAACACUUUCACCUAGUUCUCCUCUGAAUCAUUCAGAUGUUCAUUGGCAAACUUCAGACGGUCCUGUAUAUGUGCUUUCUUGAGCAGGGUGACCUUGCGGGCGCUGCACGAUUUCAGUCCUUCACGGCGUAGUGUGUUACCAAUUGUUUUCUUGGUGACUAUGGUCCCAGCUGCCUUGAGAUUAUUGACAAGAUCCUCCCGUGUAGUUCUGGCUGAUUCCUCACCGUUCUCAUGAUCAUUGCAACUCCACGAGGUGAAAUCUUGCAUGGAUCCCCAGGCCGAGGGAGAUUGACAGUUCUUUUGUGUUUCUUCCAUUUGCGAAUAAUCGCACCAACUGUUGUCACCUUCUCACCAAGCUGCUUAGCGAUGGUCUUGUAGCCCAUUCCAGCCUUGUGUAGGUCUACAAUCUUGUCCCUGACAUCCUUGGAGAGCUCUUUGGUCUUGGCCAUGGUGGAGAGUUUGGAAUCUGAUAGAUUGAUUGCUUCUGUGGACAGGUGUCUUUUAAACAGGUAACAAGCUGAGAUUAGAAGCACUCCCUUUAAGAGUGUGCUCCUAAUCUCAGCUCGUUACCUGUAUAAAAGACACCUGGGAGCCAGAAAUCUUUCUGAUUGAGAGGGGAUCAAAUACUUAUUUCCCUCAUUAAAAUGCAAAUCAAUUUAUAACAUUUUUGACAUGCGUUUUUCUGGAUUGUUUUGUUGUUAUUCUGUCUCUCACUGUUCAAAUAAACCUACCAUUAAAAUUAUAGACUGAUCGUUUUUUUUUCAGUGGGCAAACGUACAAAAUCAGCAGGAGAUCAAAUACUUUUUUCCCUCACUGUAGCCAUGUUAUUUUUACUAGUCAUUGUUAUUCAUUAUUCACUGUGUAUUUAUUCCUCGUUUUAUUUUUAUCUUUAACUCUGCAUUUUUGAAAAAGGACCCAUAAGUAAGCAUUUCACUGUUAGUCUAUACCUGUUGUUUACGAAGCAUGUGACAAAUAACAUUUGAUUUGUAGAGUUAAUUGAAAAUAAUGCCAUUGUUGAUUAGAUUUUUGUUUCAUUAAUUAGGCUAUUUUAUCUUGAACCAUAUGGUCUAUCCACUAGAAACUCAUGGACAAUAUGGAUACAGAUAUAAAAAAGGAACUUUAUGAAUACAUUUUUUGUUUUGUUAUUCAACUAUAAAUUACCAAAGUUACUAUAGAUUGCCAUAGAUUACCUUUUAAUUUUCAAAUUACGCUACUUUACCCAUUCUCACUCAUUCUGUGAAUGGGUCAAAACUGAGUUUGAACUGUUAUUUCUUCCUACAGGUACGAGUGUCCUCCUGGAUGCUUGUCCAGCCCAGGAAAAGUCAUAGGGACUGCGUAUUAUGAUAUGGUACAAACAGAAAACACUUUUUAUUUAUUAUUUUUUCAAAUGUAUUCCAACUGCAUGAGUUGUGUGAUACUAGAUAUAAAAUAACGAUACAACUUCAGUCAUUUUAUUGAUGUAUUCUUAUUAUCGAAUUCAAAUAAUUAGGGAAAGCCAAAACAUGCCCUCUAUACACUAUGCAAGUGACGUCAUCCUACGUCAUACAUCUGGGUCCUGUCCCCUAACUUUUGAAUGGGUUCAUAUCAUUUGUGAAAACACUGUAAUUUUAAGAUGUGUCUAAAAUUAUAUUUGUGUUUGUAGAUGAAUUUACUUGUGCCAGAUGCCUUUUAUGACGUUUUUGUGCUGAAGACCAUUGGGCUACAUUUUUGCCCAUUGAUGACCAUUCAAAAAGCCUACAAAAGUUCGAAAACUACAAGGCUACACUCUAAAAAGUAAAGGUUCCUGGAGGAUCCUUUAGCGGUUCUUCGAAUUGAAACUGUGGGGGAACCCCUAUAAGUUCUUCGAAGAACCCUUUUAAAGGGUUCUUCAAAUAACCCCUUUUAAUGGAUCCUCAAAGAACCUUUUGAAGAACCUUUUGGGGUUAAUUUUUGAACUAGUAAUUAUACAGAUGUUUAACAAAACAUGCACACAACAGUAUUCAUACCUUGGUUUUUGUGGUAAAUGUGAAUGAAAAAAACUGUUUUGAUAAUGAUUUUCAUACACAUACCUUGUCCAUAAUGUAGAGGCCUAUGGGAUUUUCAUUGAAGAGGUAAGGGGGGAGGUUAGAACAUGUGAUCUGCAUAACAUAGCAAUACCAAUUGACAUAUCUUUGUAUGCCUCCUCGUCUGUAUACCUGCAGACACAGACACAAAAGUGAGCAGUUCAUUCAUCUGCACCCAAAACAGCUAGCCUUCAACAUAUUUUUUAUAGCAUACAUAUUCUUACCUCUUUGUUGAUUGAUAUCCAUUGAAUUGUGCCCAUUUUCUGUUUUAGAAAGAUUUACACAAAUACGAAAAGAUAGAUGGUAUCAUCAUAAAACAAUAUACAUUUAGAUCAUACAAGGGACAAACCUUACCUUAAAUUGAGGAGAUCUAAAAAUAAAAAUAAAUCAGUUAAGUGCCUACACCUGCUGUCCUUUCAAAUCCAAAUGUUUCAGUUGGGCAGUUAGGUUCCUGCAAGAACCCCCACCAACUAAGGAGGUUCCUCGAUUAACCCUACCUCCGAUGGGGUUCUUGGAAGAACCCUUUGGGGGUGAUUUUCAGUGCCAAGAACCCUAAGGUUCUUCGAAUAACUUUGAUCUUAGAAGAACCCUUGUUGAACCCCUCAUUUUUAGAGUAUACUUCCUGGAAAAUGCCAUGUCACUUUCAUAGCAUGUAAAGAGUAGUGAAACAUGUUUCAUUUUUCAGCAAUCAAGUGUUUGUGGAGCUGGUUUACAUGCUGGAUUAAUAGACAAUGAUGGAGGCUGGCUGGACGUUACAAGACAAGGAAGAAAACCACAUUUCACAAAGUCAUACAAAAAUGGAAUUCGGUCUCUUGGGUGAGUUAACAUUUUACACAGCUUUGUCCCAAAUGGCACCCAAUUCCCUAUGUAGUGCACUACUUUUGACCAGUGCCCAUAGGGCUCAGGUCAAAAUAAUUGCACUUUAUAGGGAAUAUGAUGCCAUUUGGGAUGCAACUUCACUCUAUUAUGUUUGUUUAUAAUAAAGCUAAAGCAACAAGUCACAUGUUUCACACCAAAUUAUUCAAAUUUACAGGAUGAACAGGAGUGCAAAUGCUUUCAAAGUAUUCUCUGUACCAGGUAUGUCUGAUCUAGUUUCACCUUUGUCUCAAUAAUGCAUGUAUUGUUUGAAUGACAUUGUGGCAUCUUUGCUUAUCAGUAAAGGCAGUAUCGUGUGAGACCACUGUUGCACGGUUCUGUCCCUACAAAAAACCUGCACGGCACUGUCCAAGGUAAAGAAAGAUCAUACAAGGGACAAACCUUACCUUAAAUUGAGGAGAUCUAAUAAACCAAACGUGAUACUCUUCUUCUGUAAAGUUGAUUGGUUUGGAUAGUUAUAGACUACUGUGUUUCAUAGCUAUUUUCCUUCACCAGGUUGUAUUGCCCCCGCAAUUGUCUGCAUGAGACCCGUGCCAGAGUCAUUGGAACGCAAUAUUAUUCGGAUGUAAGUCUGGCUGACAAUGGCCUUCUAUACAAGAUUUUAUUUCUCUCAUAGAACUGACCUUUGUGCUAUGCUAAUCUACCUUUUUUUUCUAGAAAUCCAGUAUAUGUCGAGCAGCCAUCCAUGCUGGUGUAAUUCAGAAUGACUCAGGAGGCUACCUGGAUGUGCAACCCGUGGACAAGAGGAGACAGUAUAGUGGUAGCUAUCAGAACGGAAUCUCUUCAGAAAGGUAAGGGAUGUGGAUAAGGGAAAUACAGGCCAAUUGUGGGGUUUUGACUUUGUUCCAAAUGCUUUUGGAUGCAUAAUGGCUAGGGACCAGGAGUUUUUCCUGGUCGGCUAUUGUGGUCAGAAAACACUCCUUCCCUUUGCUGAUACAGUAUGGAGAUAUAGGCUAGUAUCAGUGUCAUAUACCUUGGCUUGACUGUGUAAACUGUUCUUAGCUGAAUCCAAACUAACACAAGUGUUCAUUCUCCCCCCAGCCUACAGAAUCCCUCAAGUGGCAAAGCAUUCAGAGUAUUUGCAGUCAUUUAAUUCACAUUGCAAGGACACUGGCAAUGAAAAAGAGCACUUGUCAUUUAACACCCAGUCAUUUCACGGACAGUAAUUACAUUGCUUAUGGUUUCCUUUUCUUGCUAAGCUGCACCUCAGCUUCUCAAGGCUGUUCACUUCACUCUGAUCACAACUUAUAUAAAUAUACACUGUUCAAAUGCAUAUCUUUAAGCCUGCUUAUUAGAUGUAUAUAACAUAACAUGUUGUAAAUAAGUUUAAUGUAAAAAAAAAAAAAAAA